UUUUGGUGUGGUGGUGUUUUGGGGAAGGCGUGUUGCCAGGUUGGGGGGGUAUUUCUGGGUUUAGACUUCUUUCUGGAUUUGGGGAAUGUAGCCAGGUUUAAGGGGUGUUGCUGGGUCUGGAGCAUGCUGCCACGUUUGGGGGUGUGUUGGGAGGUGUUUUUUGCUGAGUUUAGGUGAUUUUCUGGGGUUAGGGGUGUUUCUGGAUUUAGGGUGUGCAGACAGCUUUGGGGGGUGCCACCAGGUUUAGGGGAGAGUUCUGGGUUUCGGGGUUGUUUCUGAUUUUGGGGAAUGUUGCUAGCUGUAGAGAGUGUUUCUGGGUUUGAGGGUGUUCCUGGGUUUGGGGGAUGGUGCCAGGUGUAGCGGGUGCCCCAGCCAGCUGCUGACAUGAAUACUAGUGAUUAAUGAAGAGCUGCUUUCUGACCUGAGUAUGUGAGCUUUGCAGCUGAGCUGUUUCCCUGCUGCAUUCACCCCCUUUUGCCUGGGGAGAGCCACAGGGCUCAGUUGGUAGCUACUGGACAAAACCAUGUUUGCUGAUCCAGCUUCCGACCCUUGUUGCCUGUCUUGUGUUGGCACAGUUUAAGAUCUGGCUUCAUCUGUGUUGUUUAUUCUGCCCUUUUGCUGGAAGCUGCUUUCCUUUGGCAAGGGAACGGAGUUUAACCCAUGGCUAAACUCAGAGCCAGGCAUGUUUGCUGGAUCUGAUGGGGCUGGAUUUGCAUUAAAGCAGUGAAUCACGAAGCAGAGUGGUGCAGGGGCAGAUGCGUGUCCCCUUGCGCUGCCGUGUCUCUGGCCUGUUGCAAGCAGCAUCCACUUCAAUGGAAAAAAAUCCCUGGCAAGGGCAACGCUGCCAGCCAGUGUAUCUUGUACGAGGCUGAGCACUGGUGGUGGUUGUGCUGUACUCUCAGGCUGUUUUAUUCCUUUGCUGUUUUAAAUAUCUGAUGCAAAUCAUUCAGAGAUGUUGAUACAGCCUGCUUCUUGCGUUGUUCCUGCCGUUUUGCUUGGUAGUGCUGUACCAGGGAAGUGAGACAGUGUUCCUGUGUUACUAGUUGGCUGAGUAGCUCUGGAGGAAAGAGGCUUUAAGAAAUCCUAUCUCAAGUCAAGCUGGAGCUUAAGUGAUCUUCUGUCAGUGGAUUUCCCGUGGCGCUUACAACACUUGUCCAGGUGCAUCUAACUCCAAGAAGGGGGAAGUGUAAAGGCAGGAUCCUCCCCAGGAAGCUUUGUUCCAGGUGUCUCUCUGUCUUAUGUCCACUCGGGAAUUGGUGCCUGUGAAGAAUGACAUCAAGAGGUGCUGGGACUGCUUUCUCAAGGAAGAACUACAGGCUGAGCACUGAGCCGGAGAAGUCCAAGCUCACAGGGAUUGUGAACAGCAGGCUGCUGAAUGAUUAUCUGCAUCGCAUCUUCACCAAUGCUGAUGGGAUCCAGCCUGCAGCUGCUUACAGAAAGCAUCUGACGUUCCAGAACCUGCAGGAGCACCUUGACCGAUUGCUCUCAGAGGAAAACGGCUCUGAAGACAGUCAAGAUCAGGUAGCAGAGGGCCGGCUUGGUCCCUCUACUGUGGUGUUGGACCACACAAGCGGUUUUGAGGGUCUCCUGCUGGUUGAUGAUGACUUACUUGGGGUGAUUGGCCACAGUAACUUCGGCUCCAUCAGGGCCACGACAUGCGUGUAUAAAGGGAAAUGGAUCUACGAGGUGCUCAUCUCCUCCCAAGGACUCAUGCAGAUUGGCUGGUGUACGCUCAGCUGCAGAUUUAAUCAGGAGGAAGGAGUUGGAGAUACACCAGAUUCAUACGCUUAUGAUGGAAACAGGGUGCGCAAGUGGAACGUGACUACUACCAACUAUGGCAAAUCUUGGGCAGCAGGUGACAUCGUCAGCUGUCUGAUAGACCUUGAUGAGGGCACCAUUGCUUUCUGCUUGAAUGGCAUAUCUCUGGGAACCGCUUUUGAUAACAUCACAAGAGGUGCUGGAAUGGCUUACUUCCCUGCGAUCAGCCUCUCGUUCAAAGAGUCCGUUGCUUUUAACUUCGGCAGCCGUCCACUCCGCUAUCCAGUGGAAGGCUACCGCCCCUUGCAAGAUCCUCCUGUUGCAGAUCUGGUGAAGGCUCGCAAGCUGUUAGGCUACCUGAAGAACGUGAUCCAUCUCGGGAUAGACGUGACGGAGGGGAAGCUGGUGGAGAAGGACACGUCCAUGUGGCAGCUGCAGGGAGAACCCACAGUGCUGAUUACAUUAGCCCACAUCUUCAAUUACUUUGCUCCUCUCAUGUGCAAGGUGUACCUGGUGGAAGAUGUGCUCAUGACCUUCCUGUUGAGUAUCCUGGAGCGAGGAGGAGCAGUGGAGGCCCAUCCCCUUAUCCAGCAGUUGCUGGAUCUCAUGUGGCUUCUCAUGGAGGAGUACGAAGUGCACGAGUGCCUCAAGCAGUUACUGAUGUCCCUGCUGCGGGCUUACAGGUUCUCCCCGAUCAUCCCAGACCUGGGAUUACAAAUUCACUACCUCCGGCUCACCAUUGCAGUCUUGAAGCAUGAGAAAUCCAGGAAAUAUCUACUCAGCAAUGUUCUCUUUGAUGUGCUCCGUUCGGUUGUGUUCUUCUACAUUAAGAGCCCUCUGCGUGUGGAGGAGGCUGGUUUGCAGGAGCUCAUUCCCACCACAUGGUGGCCAAAUCGCUUCACCAAGGAGGGCAAGGAGAGUAAGGAAGUGAAGGAGGAGAGCGCUGAAGAGAGACUGAGGCGGCGGGCAUAUGAAAGAGGCUGCCAGCGCCUCAAGAAACGCAUUGAAGUGGUGGAAGGUCUCCAGGUUCAGAUUCUGAAGUUGCUGCUCAACAAUAAAGACAGAGGAGGGGGGGAAGCCUCCAGAUAUAUAUUCCUGAACAAAUUCCGCAAGUUUCUUCAGGAAAAUGCUAGCAACAGAGGGAACUUGACCGUGCUGUGCCCGCCGGAGUACAUGGUGUGCUUCCUGCACCGGCUCAUCGCUGCCCUGCGUUUCUUCUGGGAUGGCCACAAGGCAAAGACCCCUGCCACACUGAGCAGCGAAGAAGCAUACGUCCCUCCUCAGCUCUUCUAUAAUGGGAAGGUGGAUUACUUUGACCUUCAGCGGCUUGGAGGUCUUCUGUCUCAUCUCAAGAAGACUUUGAAAGAUGACCUGGCUGCAAAGGCCAAUGUCUUGAUUGACCCUGCAGAGCUGCAGGCAGUGACUAUGGAUGAUCUUGAUGAAGAUGAGGAGUCAGCAAUGUCGGCAGCACAGUCUCAGCGUCCUUCUGCUGCGCUGGCCAUUGGCGGAGCCCUUGCAAGACCUGGCUGGCUCAGCUCCCCCACCCUGGGCCGUGCCAACCGUUUCCUCAGCACAGCAGCCGUCAGCCUGAUGAAUCCACGGCGGCCUCUCGGCACCCUGGAGAAGAUCAAAGUACGCACGCUAAGUGUGGAGCAGCGGACAGAGGAGGACAUUGAAGGCAGCCAUGGAAAUGAGGGUCUCUUACUGGGCAGACCCCCAGAGGAACCGGAGCAGCCCAUUACAGAGAACUCCCUCCUGGAAGUCUUGGAUGGGAUAGUGAUGAUGUACAACCUCAGUGUCCACCAGCAGCUUGGGAAGAUGGUUGGUGUGUCAGAUGAUGUGAAUGAAUACGCCAUGGCACUGAAAGACACAGAGGAAAAAAUCAGCCGCUGCCCAAAGAGGAGGAGAGACAUCCAUGAGGAACUGCUGAAGAGCCAGAAGGUGUUCUCCGAGAAGCUCAAUCACCUAAGUCGUCGCCUUGCCUGGAUCAAUGUCACCAUCUAUUCAAAGGAGAAGAUGCAGGACAUAUACUGGCUGCUGCGCGUGUGCAUCCGCACCAUCGAGCAUGGCGACAGGACGGGCUCACUUUUUGCUUUCAUGCCAGAGUUCUACCUCAGCGUGGCUAUGAACAGCUACAGUGCACUCAAGAACUACUUCAGCCCUGUCAACAGCAUGGAGGAGCUUCCAGGCUAUGAAGAGACCCUGAUGCGCCUUGCUGCCAUCCUGGCCAAGCACUUUGCUGACUCAAGGAUCGUGGGCACGGACAUCCGGGACUCCCUGAUGCAGGCAUUGGCCAGCUAUGUCUGCUACCCCCACUCACUGCGUGCUGUUGAGAGGAUCCCAGAGGAGCAGCGGAUCUCCAUGAUGAAGAACCUCCUGGCUCCCUACGAGCAGCGGCCAUGGGCGCAAACCAACUGGAUCCUCGUGAGGCUGUGGCGGGGCUGUGGCUUCGGGUACAGAUACACACGGCUCCCACACCUGCUGAAGACCAAGCCUGAGGAUGCCAGCCUCCCUAGCCUGCAGAAGCCAUGUCCCUCCACCUUGCUGCAGAGACACAUGGCAGACCUGCUCCGCAGCGACCGUGACUUGGCUCCCAGCUUCCUCAACAGCGUCCUCAACCAGCUGAACUGGGCUUUCUCUGAGUUCAUCGGCAUGAUUCAGGAGAUCCAGCAGGCAGCGGAGCGCUUGGAGAGGAACUUUGUGGACAGCCGCCAGCUGAAGGUGUGUGCCACGUGCUUCGACCUGUCAGUGAGCUUGCUUAGGGUGCUGGAAAUGACCGUCACGCUGGCACCCGAGAUCUUUCUUGAUUGGAAUCGCCCAUCGUCAGAGCUGCUGCUUCGGAGGCUUGCCCAGCUCUUGAACCAGGUGUUGAACCGUGUGACAGCAGAAAGGAACUUGUUUGACAGAGUGGUCAACCUCCGUCUGCCCGGGCUGGAGAGUGUGGAUCAUUACCCAAUCCUCGUGGCUGUGACGGGAAUACUGGUCCGGCUGCUUGUGGACACUGAUGUUCAAGGGGCUGAGCGUGCGACGGCUGUGCUGCUGGCGGACCCCUGUUUCCAGCUGCGCUCCAUCCAGUACCUGCUGGGCCACGCUGAGCCUUCGGCCCUGGCAGCCGCCCCCGCAGCCGCAGAGAAGCGCCAUUUCUCCCUGCACACCUACACGGAUUACAUCAGCACGGAGGAGCUGGUGAAGGUGGACAAGAUGCUGAGCCACCUGAGUGAAGAGUCCAAGCAGGCAGCUGCGACCACCCUACCUACCAGUGAGGAAGACCUGUGCCCCAUCUGCUACGCACACCCCAUCUCGGCCAUCUUCAGACCCUGCUCCCACAAGUCAUGCAAAGCCUGCAUCAACCAGCACCUGAUGAACAACAAGGACUGCUUCUUCUGCAAGGCCACCAUCACGGGGGUGGAUGAUUUCACCAAGCCGUCCAGCUCGUAGCACCCAGCCCCACACCCUGGCUCCCCUGGCUCAGCGGGGUGCCCUGCAGUGCUGCACACCAGCUUCUCCCCAGAAGGUCCCGCUGCCCUGGGGUCACAGUGCCCUCACCCACCCAGGCUGCCUGCGCUGGGCAGGGCUCCCUCGGCCUGCAGGCAAGCUGGCCGCUGCCUCUGGCUGAAAGGCCAGGAGCAAGCGGAGGGCCAGGGCAGGGGGACAGGAGGAAGGGAGAGGCUGGUUCGGGGAGGCCUGAUGCCGGGCUGUGGGUCCAGCAUCCCCCUCUCACCCAAAGCUGAGAGAACACAAGGCCUCGUCUCCCCAGCAGCACUGCAGCGGCUGCAGCAGCACCACAAACCGCACGUGGCGAAUAAGAGGCCUGGGCUCACUCCACCCCGGGCCAAGCAGGGGGCCAUGGCAGGUGUGGGAAGGGCUGUGCGCUUGUGCUGUGUUCAACUCACCCCUGGACGGGGUCUGACUUCAUGAAAUGGAGCAUUAAAUUAUUCUUCCUUA